UUCCUUUGUCGGGUUCGGUCACUGAAUGUUCGGAGCUGAAACACCCGCAGGUGCGAAACUAGGAGUUCAGAGCUUGGCGAGCAUCGUAGCAUAAAAGGAGCGGCGGCGGAAACCACCAUUCAACGCCGGAGACACCGAUCUUAUUCCACCAUAUUCUUCAAAUUGAGAAAUUUUGUAAGGGAAGUAGGAGUUCAGAUUAUGUGUUGUACACUUUCUGCAUCUUAGUAGGUAUUUGAACUCUUAGCAAUCAAGGUGUUGAAUUCAAAUUAAGAAAGUCAUGGCUAUGAACCAUGCCAGAUCUAUAAGAUAUAUUCUUACAGCCAAAGAGGCAGGUAGGGUUGCACACCAACGAACUUUUGCCACCGGAAAAGCAAAGAAAGGAUCUAAAGGGGGUGGAGCUGCUGAUGCACCCAAGGCAUCAACUCUUAGCAAAGAAGUUAAGUCAAGCACAGUUGUAGGUGCUAACAUUCUGAAGGAAGGAACUGAUCCAAAAAUCCUGCCUGAUUCAGACUACCCUGACUGGCUGUGGCAUCUGCUCGAUAAACGUCCGGCACUUAGUGAACUACGUAGGAAGAAUAUUGAAACAUUAGCUUAUGACGAUCUAAAACGUUUUGUUAAGCUGGAUAACCGGGCAAGGAUCAAGGAGAAUAACACUGUGAAGGCAAAGAACUGAUUUCAUUGGUCAAAAGAGAAACUACGGGAAUGAGUGGUUGGUUGAAUGACAUUGGGGUUCUCAGUCUUCUGAGAUUCCUCUGAGUAAUCGGCUUACAUGUAUGCAAAUCAUUAAAUGAAACAAAAGCCAAAGAGUUGGAUGAUUUUGCACAUUUGUUGUUUCUUUUCUUUCUACUACUUUUUAGUCUGUUUUUUUUACCUGGGAUGUUGUGUAAAAUAAAUCUGACUGCUUUUGUUGAUUGAACAGAACCUUGUCCAUAAUUUUGUUCUUUGCUUUU